CUCGGCCGUAACUGUCUUCGGGGGGCACGAACAAGCGGAAAUGACCUAGCUCACUCCAACAACCUUAGCAAGCCGUUCCUCAUGGCUCCUGUUCCAAUACCGCUUGAGCCAUUCUUGCUAUUCGACGAAUAUGACAUUUGGCGUCUCAAGAUCCGAUCCGUCAUGAUCCUUGAUCUUCCUGUUGGUUGUCCGGCCAUACCCACCUCAGCAGCCCUGAAGGAUUUGGUCUGCCAAGGUAGCCUGUGGGUUGCACGAACGGGUGCCUGUAGGCUUGAGUUGCACACCAACAUUCAUGUGAAAAGCGACGAGAGACAUGUUCUGGCAGCAGUUCUGGAAAGAGCGGCCUCGGUAUUCGGGCAUCUCGCCCUUUGGAGCCAACUUGGCGUGCGCCUUGCCCGCGACACUGACGUUGACCUCCCAUCAAAUGUUGCCAUGUUUCGUCUUCAUCACCCUAGUCUUCAUUCAAGCCUUUUGCCCCCGGCAGGCCCUCAAGUUGCCGGCUUUGAACGACUAAUUUGUUUCCUUGACUUCGAGCGCAAUUCUGACGAAGAGUUCCACAGAAUCUCGCGGGCCUCUAUGCCGGCCUCACGAAAGAAGAAGGAAGAGCUCGCAAGCAAGGUUCCAGCUUUAGUGUGCCAGUCGACAGAACAAGACGAUGAACUCGGCGGUUAGAUACCCCCUUCAGGGCAUGUCGGUUCUAGCCACCUCACCACUGUUCAAGUACUGGAACGGCUUCUGGGCAAGUCAUCCCUAGAAAGACUUGUAGAAGUCGGCACUAUGGCGCUCGUCACAGGACAGCGUAAGAGUUCGAAAGGAAUCAAACUAGCAAGACAGGGCAU